GCCAGCCCCGCGCCCGCCGCAGCCAGCCCGCCGCGUACCGCCUGCUGCUCCGCGCAGCGCGGUCCGCCAGCCCGGGAUGAACGCGUCCCAGGCUGCGGGAGAGGAGGCGCCGCACAGCGGGCGCUCGGUCAAGGUGGUCCUGGUGGGCGACGGGGGCUGCGGGAAGACGUCACUGAUGAUGGUCUUCGCCAAAGGGGCCUUCCCAGAGAGCUACAGUCCCACAGUGUUUGAGCGCUAUAAUGCAACUCUGCAAAUGAAGGGUAAACCUGUGCGCCUCCAAAUCUGGGACACAGCCGGGCAAGAUGACUAUGACCGCCUUCGGCCCUUGUUCUAUCCUGAUGCCAAUGUCUUGCUCCUCUGCUUCGAUGUGACCAAUCCAAACAGCUUUGACAACGUCUCCAACCGGUGGUACCCAGAGGUGACACAUUUCUGCAAGGGAGUGCCCAUUAUUGUUGUGGGCUGCAAGAUAGACCUGCGUAAGGACAAGGUCCUGGUGAACAAGCUGCGGAAGAAAAGAUUGGAGCCCGUGACCUACCACAGGGGCCACGAUAUGGCGAGGUCUGUGGGAGCAGUGGCCUAUCUUGAGUGUUCAGCUCGGCUCCAUGACAAUGUGGAAGCAGUCUUCCAGGAAGCAGCUGAAGUGGCUCUCAGCAGUCGCAGUCAUAACUUCUGGCGGCGGAUUACCCACAAUUUUUGCGUGGUCACCUGACUGGUUUGGAACCCACCUCGCCUUCCGGUUUACUCAGCUGGAGAAAGACCCAGGAGCAGCCCUUCUACUCUGUUGACUGGGAUGGACCUAAUCCCCAGACUGAGCUGGUAGAACCACAUAUCCACAGAUGGGCUCCACUGAGGCCUGGCCCCUGGACCGAGGAAUCCUGGAUUGAAGAAGAGGGUCCCCAGACCCUUAGCUCUGGAACCACUGACAGACUCCCUGCGCCCAAUCCUGGACCUGCAUCCUGAGUGGGAGUCUGUGCGGUUUGAUUUGGCGCCACCUUGUGGCUAUUCUCUUGAGUUAUACCUACUGGACCUAGGGUUCCUGAGACCAUCCCAGGCUAACAACCUGCCCUGGCCCUGAUCAUCCUAUUCGUCCCACUGAUACGUUUAACAACUAAAAUGGCAUGCCUUAUUAGUGUCCUGA